AUGCGUUCCUUUGCCACCGUCGCUAUCCUUGCCCUCGUCGCCGUUGUUGCAGUCAACGCUCAGUGGUUCGGCGAUGACGAUUUUGAUGAUUUCUUCGAUGAUGAUGAUGAUUACAGGGUAUACAUGGGUGGCUAUGCCCCAUCUGCUGGCUUCGGACCACUUUCCUCUGGAUACGUAAUGGGAUCCAUGGGAUCCGUAGGAAUGGGAUCAAUGGGAUCAUCCAUCGCUUAUAGUCAUGGUCACGGUGGAAAAUCCGGUAAAGCCAUGUACAUUCCCUACGCUGUCCCCACCCCCGUCGCCGCCCAGCCCACCCCUCUCCCCCUUGAACUUCUGUAUGGUAAUGUCCAGACAACACAGAGCGGUCUCUUCGGAGGAAACGGAAGCGGUCUUCUUUUGCUCCUAUUCUUGUUGCCCCUCCUCCUGAACAACAACAACAACACCAGCGGUUAGGAAACUCGCCAUGAUUUAAUCACCAUUUGCAUAGAGACAAGAGACUCCCCCCAAUCAGGGCGCAUCUUAAGUUUGGUGUUUAAAUAUUGAAUCUUCAAUAAAAAUUGUAAUACCAUGAUUGAAAUCAACACUGUCCUAGUUAUUUGUUAUAUUAGAGCAAUGUUCG